GCGGGGGUCAGAGGUCAGAGGUCGCUGGCUGGAGCGGGGCUGGUCACAUGGCGGGCGGGGCUCUCGCGAGAGCGGGCGGCUGCGUCAUCCCCCCUGCGCCCGCCGUGCGGCCUCGCUGUGUCACGUCGCGCCGCGGAGGGGAGGGAAGCUGCCGCCGGCCCGGGCCUGAGGAAGAACCGCGCGCGCGCCCCUGCCCCCACCCCCGCCCCCGCCAUGGAGUACCUGAUCGGCAUCCAGGGCCCCGACUACAUCCUGGUGGCGUCCGACACGGUGGCGGCCUCCAGCAUCGUCCAGAUGAAGCACGACCAUGAUAAGAUGUUUAAAAUGAGUGAGAAGAUCUUGCUGUUGUGUGUGGGGGAAGCUGGAGACACUGUGCAGUUUGCAGAGUACAUCCAGAAAAAUGUUCAGCUCUAUAAAAUGAGAAAUGGGUAUGAAUUGUCUCCAACUGCAGCAGCAAACUUUACACGCAGAAACUUGGCCGACUACCUGCGCAGUCGGACCCCUUACCAUGUCAAUCUUCUUUUGGCCGGCUACGAUGAACACGAAGGCCCUGCCCUUUAUUAUAUGGAUUACCUUGCAGCCCUGGCUAAAGCUCCCUUUGCAGCACAUGGAUAUGGUGCGUUCCUAACCCUGAGCAUUCUUGACCGCUAUUACAAGCCAAGUAUCACACGCGAGGAGGCAAUGGAGCUCCUAAAGAAAUGUCUAGAGGAGCUUCAGAAACGUUUCAUCCUGAACCUGCCUUCUUUCAGCGUCCGGUUCAUUGACAAAGACGGCAUCCACGAAGUGGACAACAUACCCUUUCCGAAAGUGUCAUCCUAACCUGUGGGAUCUUUCCUGGGAUUUUUCUUUCAGUUCACUUUUGGGGUUUUUUUUUCUACUUGUUUGAUGUACUACACAAUUAAUGUACUGCACUUGGGGACUUCAAAUAAAGAUUGACAUUGGCUAUAUCAA